AGAUUAUAGCAGCCGACAUUUAAAAUUUGUAUAAGCUCAUAAUACUGUCUUCACGUACUCUAAAGCAGUGCAGUUAUUAUAACUCCGAUAUAUGAUCGUAUUAAACCUAUCUUAACAAGUAAUCGUAUUCAGUAUUUCAUGAAGAGAGAUGAAUACGGAUACAGUAUUUAAUUUUUAAAGUGGAUGUGUGGAAACAGAAACGAAACGAAAGACUGUUCACUCAACAUGGGACUAUCGUGUGCAAACGCCUCUAUACGACACUUCAGAGAAAGUUCUAAUACUUGGGAACUCCUCUGCGUCGUUGAAAUGAUUCAAGGGUUUGAGCUGUGGACUCAAAAUGGCGUACCGAGGACUGAGCCGGCACCUGAACUUUGAAUUGCCGGCCCCUGGAGACCGCUUCGUUCUGCAAGACCUGAUUGGAGAGGGGACGUACGGGGAGGUGUACAGCGCAAGAGACACUGUCACUGGUCAUCGGGUGGCCAUAAAGAUCCUGGAAAAUGUGGCUGACAACAUUGAGGAGAUUGAGGAGGAGUACCUGGUGCUCCGUGACCUGAGCAGACACCCAAACAUUCCCACCUUUCACGGGCUCUACUUCCGCCCUGAUGUGGACCAGCUCUGGAUUACCAUGGAGCUUUGUACUGGUGGUUCAGUGACAGAUCUGGUGCAAGGAUUGAAACAUCGCAAUGACCGUCUCACAGAGGAACAGAUUGCAUACUUAAUGAAAGAAACAGCUGAGGCUCUCAUGUAUUUGCACAGCAACCAUUGCAUGCACAGAGAUGUGAAGGGGCACAACAUUCUGCUGACAGAGGAUGCUCAUGUGAAGCUUAUAGACUUUGGGGUGUCUUCCCACCUUGCUGUAACUCUUGGCCGCAGAAACACGUCGGUCGGAACACCGUACUGGAUGGCUCCUGAGGUGAUAGCAUGUGAACAACAGCUGGAUUCAUCGUAUGAUUCAAGAUGUGAUGUCUGGUCACUUGGUAUAACUGCCAUUGAGCUAGCAGAAGGGGAGCCACCAUUAUCAGACCUCCAUCCUAUGCGAGCGCUCUUUCAGAUCCCACGAAAUCCCCCACCGCAGUUAUCUCACCCAGAAGAUUAUACCCUGUCACUCCUACCCGACUUCAUAUCCAGGUGUCUGAUCAAGGACCUGCUGCUGGAACACCCGUUUAUGAGAUGUGGUGCUGUCUAUGCAGACAAGGUACGCUCGGAGCUGAAGGCAGAAAUAAUAAGACAGAGAGCUGAAGGGCUUUCCCAUCGACAGCCGGAAGCUACCACUAAGCACGGGAAACUUAAACCCAACCGAAAGUCAAAGCCUCAACCCAUGUACCUGGAUGAUUUGGCAGCUCUGGAUAUCCUGUCUGAGGAAAGUAUUGUGGAACAGCUGUGUCGUCGAUUUGAACAGAAUCAAAUUUACACCUACAUUGGGGAUAUCUUGCUGUCUGUAAACCCAUUCAUUGAUCUAGGAUUUUAUACAAACUUGGAGCAGCGCAGGUAUCACGGUCAGGCUCGAUCAGACAAUCCACCUCACAUAUUUGCUGUUGCUGAUGCUGCAUAUCAAGCUCUGCUGCACCAGAGCCAGAACCAGACAAUUGUGAUCAGCGGCGAAAGUGGCGCAGGCAAAACCGAGAGCGCAAACCUGUUGCUGAAACAGCUUGUCUUCCUUGGAAAGGCACCCAAUAGGAAUCUAGAAGAACGCAUUUUGCAAGUGAACCCCAUUAUGGAAGCAUUUGGCAAUGCCAGGACGGGCAUCAAUGCCAACUCAUCUCGGUUUGGGAAGUUCCUGGACUUGAUCAUGACUCAAACGGGGAAAGUCACUGGUGCUAGGGUGGCAGUUUACCUCUUGGAGCAGUCACGAGUGUCGCAACAAACACAGGGUGAGAAAAAUUUCCAUGUGUUCUACUACCUGUAUGAUGGACUUGAAUCUGUAAAUCGAUUAGCUGAGUUUUAUCUGGACCCAGUAUUGAGACUCCAUCACCAUUAUUUGGGAGAGGAUGCCCAGGAUGCAGAAACAAAGAAGAUAAAUGUGGAGAGGUACCACCAACUGAAUGUUGGCUUUCGUCUUCUGGGUUUCCGCAACGAUGAGGUGGACACAGUGUAUCAUAUCCUGGCAGCCAUCUUGCAUCUUGGUGACAUUGAGUUUGGUGAAGUGGUAACACAGAACAACACUGACAACAAGAGCUAUGUCGUUGACCUUGCUCCUCUCCACAGAGUGUCUCGUCUUCUCGGUGUGGAACCGAGCGAUAUGUUGGAGGCACUGACAUCAAACAGUGUAGUGACACGGGGUGAGACCAUUGUGAGGAACAACACAGUUGCGGAGGCUUGUGCAGCUCGUGAUGCCAUGGCCAAGGGGCUCUAUGGUCGACUAUUUGACUGGAUAGUUAACCAGAUUAACUGCCUAUUGACAUUCAACAGAGGAACGUGUGAAGAGCCAUUGUCAGUGGGCCUAUUGGACAUCUUUGGAUUUGAAAAUUUCCCAAGGAAUUCGUUUGAACAGCUGUGCAUCAACAUUGCUAAUGAGCAGCUCCAGUAUUAUUUCAACCAGCACAUCUUCACGUGGGAGCAGCAGGAAUAUAUGGCAGAAGGCAUACCUGUGGAUCUGGUGGAGUUCUCAGACAAUCGUCCGAUUCUGGACAUGUUGCUGUCUCGUCCUAUGGGACUGCUCGCGCUUCUUGAUGAGGAGAGCCGCUUUCCAUGCUCUGCUGAGCGCUCUCUUAUUGAGAAGUUCCACAAGAAUGUGAAGAGCAAGUUUUAUGUCCGUCCCAAGUCGGAUGCUUUGUGCUUCGCCAUUCACCAUUAUGCUGGUCGGGUGGUGUAUCAGGCAGAUAGUUUCCUGGACAAGAACCGAAAUUUCCUUCCGCCAGAGGUGAUUCAGCUGCUCAGACAGUCACAUCGGAGCAUCGUGCGCUUUCUCUUCCAGUGUCCACUCACCAAAAGAGGCAACCUCUACUCACCUAGCCAAGAAUCACCAUGUAGUUCGCCUGAAGGCUCUAAGGAACGUUAUAGCAGCCGUGGCCUGGCUUCACAGUCACGAGCCCAACAGACAGUUUCCACGUAUUUCCGUUAUUCAUUAAUGGACCUGCUUCAGAAGAUGGUCAGUGGGUCCCCUCAGUUUGUGCGCUGCAUCAAGCCCAAUGACACACGAGUCCCCAAGUUAUUUGACUCAAGCAAGGUGGUGAAGCAGUUACGCUGCACAGGAGUUAUUGAGACAAUACGGAUACGCCAGAACGGCUUCUCACAUAGGAUACCAUUUGGAGAGUUCUUGAAGAGGUAUUAUUUCUUGGCUUUUGGUUGGAAUGAGCAUGUGGUGCCAUCACGGGACAACUGUCAAUUCCUUUUGUUAAGACUGAAGAUGGAUGGCUGGGCUCUUGGGAAGACAAAAGUGUUCCUCAAGUACUACCAUGUUGAGUACUUGUCAAAACUGUAUGAGGAUCAGGUUCGUAAGAUUGUAUUGGUGCAAGCAUGUGUACGCCGGUGGUUAGCCCGUUCAAGGUACCAAUCAGUAAAAUGGCAGAUGGCACGCAGUGUGAUGACUCUCCAGCGAUAUACACGGGGUUGGCUUGCUCGUCGUCACUACCAGGAACAACGAAGGUUAGCAGAGAAAAGGCGCCAGGAAGAAGAAGCCAGAUCAGAGAAAGUUGGAGGAGCAAAGGCUUGGUUGAAGGCAAAACUUUUACGGCAGUUGCCUGCACAGAAGAUGGAAGGAGAAGGAAAGGAAAACAAUGUUCCCAAGAGUGAUCCAGACAAGGAGUCGGCUGCUGUUGUUAUUCAGAGUUAUUUUCGUGGUUACACAGUUCGACGCAGAUGGGGCCCUGAAUUGGAAGCUCGAGUGAGAAGAGUCCUGGAGACUUAUCACAAUCCUGACAUGGCCAAGAGAGCCCUUGAGAGCGAGGGUCUUGCACCGGAAGAUGCUGUGCUUGUAAUUCAACGAUACUAUAGGAAUUGGUGUCGUGGAGGGAAGCUGUCUUCCCAGCAACAGCAUUGCAGACCAGCUCCCAGUCACCAACCACAAUCCAAUAGACAGGCAGAGCUUAUAUCCUUUUCUCAUAAUGUACACAUGUCAAAUCAGGAGGCACAUAAGUACUUACGCCACAACAAGCCAGGUAUUCGUCACUCAGAAAUCGGAAUUCCACCAAGGGACUUCGUGAGACCCCAAGGCUUUCAAUUGGUAUCGUGUCUUAUAGGCAGGGAUGGAAAACAGCCUGCCUCUAGUUCUAACCAAACAGCAUCAUAUUAUGAGUCCCUGCAGCAAGAAAUUAGAAGAAACCAAAUGAAGACUUUGGAUAUGAAUGCCCAGCAUCAUGAACUUCUACCCUUGCAGGACCAUGAUAAUGCACUUAGGGAACGACGCCUUCUGAACGCUUGGCGCCACGCUGCGUUGCAGUCAGACAGUCAACACUCGGAUAAAACCAACAACAAUAACAUAAUCCAACUAGCAAGCAGUGGGCUGCAGAAUAGCCGUCUGUCAGGGCCUACCCGUGUGCCACAAAUCAAGAUGAACAGCAGUAACAAUAACGGCAGUCCAUUCUGUUUGGUCCCAGAUCUCCGACACUUACUUCGUUCAACUGCUCGUUCUCCAGAGACCCCCACGCGGGAACAUCCUGCGAAAAAUGGUGGAGAAGAUGAUCAGGCAGACACUGACCUCAAUGGCCCCUACAACUUCAGACAGUUACUGCGUCCAACUGAGCAUCUACCCACAGAAUCACUCCGCAAAAGGAAAGGCAUCUUGACGGCAGAGAGGCCUAACGUACCCAUCACAGGCUUGAGUCCGCCAAAUCAACUAGGUGACAGUCCUAGUAAGCGAAGGGCAAAACCAGUUCACCGCAGAAAGAUAUAGGUUUCGUUUGUUACUACUGGUCUUUCUUGAUGAACUGGCUAUGCAGUAAUGCCUUAUCCAGUGGCUAUCCAAUUAUUUAAAUGUACAGACCUGAAUUAGAAUACAAAAUAAUUUGUGGGCCAAAGAAGUUGAUGCCUUACUGGAACUGUCAGUAUCCUCUCUGUGAUCAUGUUCCACUUUUGAAAUAUAUUUGACACACCCAAACAUUGUCCUAUGAGAAACCCAUUCAUACAUGCAAGGACCAUAUCAGAAUUCAUGAGCACAGUCAGAUUACACGUGUAGGACACGUCAAAUUAUUACUGAGAGUUAUCUAUUUUCUUUCAUGUACAUUUGUUUAAAUGUAUAGUAAAUGUGUUCAUGACUUUUGGUAUGACCUUCUUAAGUGUAUGAUGUCCCACAAUUUUGAUAUACAUUAUAUGUGAUAUUGUUUUGCCGAUUGGCCACUGUUGUAAAUAAUACUUAAAUUAUAUUUGAUAUUAAAUUGUGUCAUACAGU